AUGGCUUCGGGACACAAUGAUCCAAAGCUCUUAUACGCCAUCAAUGGCGUCAAGGCCUACCACAUCGCAAACGGCAAAGAGGAGUCACUGACUCCUGCCGGCCCUCAGACAUUGUCGUUGUUGAUGGUGCCGACAUCCUCACCAUUCGCCGAUACGAACGGAGAGACGCCUGCAGAGGACUUCUACCUCCACCUCCACCUACCUCCCGAGCUCGACCUUCCACUACCCGCUACCACCCAGAUCUACCACCAGCCACCGACGAGCUAUUUGAUUCCCAGGUGGGAUCUCGGCCCUGACAGCGGUGCUUUCACCCGCAUCGAGUUCCCCGAUGUCGGCAGUCGAAAGGGGCUGCAGGAAGACGUCGAUACCUUCGAGACCAUCCUUGCCCAGUGCACUGCCUUCCUCGAACGAGCACCCCCGCCCAAGGCCUCGUCCGUGUCGAAGGGCCCCCCUCCCGCCGCCGUACCCUCCGCUACCUCUUCUUCAAAGUCGAGAGCUGCCGCUGCAGAUGGCCUCCCAGCAUAUAACCCCGCCGACUACGAACCUGGCCAGGCUUACGCCCAGGGCAGUCACAGCAACAACAAUGGCGGCAGGAUCGUGUUGAUCGAUGAGGAGGACGGUAGCGUCAUCGGCGAGCUGACGGAGAACUACCAAGUCGUGGAGGACCUGGGUGUGAAGCCCGGCGCGAAAGGUAAGUCGGGCGGCUACUCGGCCGAGCUUGACUCACAUGGCAUGCCAGAUCCGGUGGAGAUCACGCUCCCUGCCGACAACAGCCAAGCCAUUACCGUUCAGCCCGUGUCGCAGGAGUACCGCGAGAUGCUCAUGCAUCCGUCGUACAAGAAAUCGUUCCUGGUAUCCAAUGCAUCCAAGGCCUCACGUCUAAUCGUGACGUCGUCCGACUUGGUUGCCAAGGGCCUUCAAUCAUCGGCUGAUAGCUUCACGACCAAGACCAAGCCGGUAAACACACCUAUGACAUUCACGCCAGCGGCGCACGACCGCAUUCGCCGCAUCAAUCAGUUCACCAACACGGCUGCCGGACUAUCGGCGUCGACGGUGGGCCAUAUCGGUAAAGUUGCACAGAACCUAGGUGCCACCCUUUCAAGGAAGAAGGACGGCAGCGGAAGAGGAUAUGAUAAGGAUGGCAACCCCAUUGAGGGCUAUAAGCCUGGCUUGCUGAACAGGAGUCUGAUGGCGUUCAACACGGUCGCCGACGGCAUCGACCAAGCUGGACGUAAUCUGCUAACAGGUACUUCAUCUAGCGUGUCUCAAAUGGUUGAGCACCGCUGGGGUGCAGAGGCCGGUCAGGUGUCAAGGAACAUUGGUGGCGGCUUCAAGAAUGUCGGCCUGGUCUACAUUGACGUCACUGGCGUCUCCCGAAGAGCCAUUCUGAAGAGUGUUGCCAAGGGGAUGGUUGUCGGAAAGGUAAAGGGCGGAGGUCAGAUUGUUGUCGGUGGCGGAGACGGCGGUAACACCGUGGGCUUGCUUGAAGAUGGAAAGCCUCUCGCUCGUAAGGACGACCAAAGUGAUACGUCCAGCUUAUACACAGCAUAUGAUGGCAACGGCAAGGGGCCAGCUGGCAAGAUGCGUUGA